AUAGUAGUAACCGCGCUUGUGAGAUAGCGCCACUUGUUCUCUGUUAUAAGCUCUAUGAUCAUAACCGUCUUCGAAUGCAUUUCUACAUCAUUACGCUUGCGCAGAACAUUAGCCAAUCAAAGUUAGGUUAUAUACUCGUCAUAUUCUCGUCACCCGCCUCUCAGUAGCUUCCCACCCGCAGCAUUACCACUCGGUCUCUAUAUUCCUAUGUCUAUGGCUGCGGUUGAUUCCGGCUAUUUUCUCCAUUUGUCUCAGUAAACAUAUUCUCCCGUAAUUCACAUGUGAACGAUUCAAACAGUAAAAAGAAAAUAUACAAUGACAAAGUGUGAUACACUAUUCUAAAAUGCUUUCUACAAAGCUGAAUGUUUCUUUGAAAUUGCACAACGCUGCAUUGAUGUGUUCAUGUAUUAUCGACAAUCAGUGUCUCGAUAGGAAAAUUCACAUACAAUCUGUACAUAGUGUGUAUAAUCUUGAGAGAAAGUGCAUUAAAAAUCAUGUAAACUAUUCUUCGUAUACUUUCAAUGAUAAUAUUUUUAAUGAUAAACAAAAAGUAAAUAUAAAUAUACCUCAGUCGCUUACAAAAUUACAGUACUUCAUAGGUAUGAACAUCUCGCAUCCUCUCUCGCUACCAUGCAGGACAGUGAAAUCCUGGAACGUACAAAAGGAAUCUGAUACUUUUGGUAAUUUAGGAGGUAGAACAUUUGAACGUUCUAAAUUAGAUGCAGAUGAAGAAGAAGAAGAGGAAUUCGUUGAAAAUGAAGUUCAUGUUCCUCGUAGAUUAAAACCAAGUCCAGGUCAGUAUGCUCAGAUGAUAAAAAAUUGUCUAAACAAUAAAGACUUGUUAUCGGCUAUUAAUGUACUGGACAUUGUCAAGAAGAACAGAGAUAAGCCAACUACAUACAUGUAUAAUCUCUUGAUCAGAGAAUGUGCAAUUCAAGGUGAAUUAAAAGGAAGCUUUAAACUAUACAAUGAUAUGAAAAAAUGUGCACUAAAGCCUAAUUUGGCAACAUAUGUAAGCUUAUUAAAUGCCUGUGCUACCUCAAAUGAUACAAAAAAUGCAAUGGACCAUUUGAUCAAGUUACGAGAAUUUUUUAUUGAAAAAAAUAUUCUCAUUAAUGAAGCGCAUUAUAAUGCAAUGAUAAAAGCAUAUAGCCACCACAAAUAUUUUAAUGAAGCAUUUAUGAUUGCUGACGAAAUGAGAGAUAAAAAGAUGUCAACGGAUGUAGUCACAUUUAACAAUUUAUUUCAUGCUGCAGUUGGUGAUAAAAAUACAGGCUUGAGACGAGCCAUUAGCAUUUGGCAAUUAAUGCAGCGUCAUAGAAUAAAACCAAACAUUUGGACAUAUAAUUUAUUAUUGAGAUGCAUUAGAGAUUGUUCAUUAGGAGAUUUAAAAAUUAAUGACAUUUUGAUUCCUGGAGAGAAACCAUGCACGAUUUGCUUUAAAGAUGAUGGAAAACCAGAUCUAUUGGCAAAUCCACCUGUCGUCAGUCCUUUAAUAUUUUCUAUAUCUGAAAAUGUAUCGACAACAGAUCAAGAAAAUACUUGGGAACGUGAAAAUGGAUUUGCAAGUAAUCUUCCUCAGUCCCUUACUGCGCAGUCUAAUCAAAGUUUAGAUGCUAUUAAGUCUCACAAUCCAUUAAUUCUUUUUGGCGGUUUGCAAGGCAUACUCGACCACAUGAAAAAAGACAAGGUGACCCCAUCUAUAUCAACAUUCACAUUAUUAUUAGAAUUAGUUCCAAAUUCUCCAGCUUCUGAGAAGAUGGUAAUUAAUUUAGCAAAAUCUUUUGACGUGAAAUUGGACAUUGAUUUUUAUAACACUCUUAUAAAGAAAAAAAGUUUCCGGUUUGAAUAUGAUGCUGCAAAGGCAAUUCUUCAUGAAAUCCAAAAAGAAAAUCUGAUUCCAAAUAUCAUGACUUGGGGACUAUUGGCUCUUGGAUGCCACUCGGUUCAAGAUAAGAUGAAUUUAAUUGUGGGCAUAGAAAAUACUGGCUACAGAUUAAAUGCUAUUAUUAUUGGUACACUUAUUAAAAACGCUUGUCGUGGGCAUCAAUUUGAGUUUAUAAUGGAUAUGAUGGAAAAAAUGAUUGUUCAUAAUAUUCGACCAAGUGAAAAGAUAUUUGAAAUACUAGAUAAAUUUCAGCACAUGAUAACAGCAGCUAUAUCAGCAAAGAAGAAGCCGAAGUGGGCAGAUUAUCCGCUUUUCCAAACCAAAGUGCAGAAGUUUAACUACAAAUAUACUCAAUGGAAGGAAAAGGUGAAAGAGACGUUUCCCAAAGAACGAUCAUCUGUUAUUACUUAAAAUUUUUACAAUUGUAAGGACAUUUUUUAAAAAAUAAAAAAGCCACAGCCAAAACAUUGAAGACAAAUUUCUUUAUCAGUUCUUUUUGUUGUAUUCUAUAUAUGAUUAAUAAUAAAAUCUAAUAUAUGCCUUCA